AUGGAUGUCUCCACGACAUCACCUGAUGACGCGCUUAAAAAGCGUUAUGCUGAGCUUGCGGAGAAAACAGCUAUGGCAAUAGCAAACGAAGGACCACCACCAAACAUCAAUGAUCGACCAGUAAUUCCAAACUCUCUUCCUGCAUUGCCACGUUAUGAACCGCCUCCACCACGUCGACCUCAACGUCUACGACACAUGGUAUGUCGUAUGUUUUUUCCAACAUCGGGCCAUCUGGGUUUUGAUACAAUCAAAUUGACUACGGAGCUACCAUCGAUCGAAAUAGUUCGUGAAAUGGUCAUAUAUGAAACACGUCUUCGGUUGUCGGAUUCAAUUCAAGAAAUUAUGGAUCAGUACUAUACCGACGAGUGUGCUGUUACCGCGCUUGUUCGCUCACAUGCGCCCAACGGCAUUCGCCUCUUAGCAAUUUAUAUUGCUGAGGCACAUGCACGAAAUGAGUGGCCUGUAGGAAAGACAAUUUCAUGUAUUGAUCAACCAACAACGCUAGCAGAACGACUUAAUAAUGCACAACAAUUCAAAAAGAACUUCAAUUUCGAAAUGUCGAUGCUCGUUGACAACAUGGAUAACACUUUUCAUAUUACUUAUGGUUCAUGGCCAUUUCGCUUCUUUGUCAUUUAUGAUGGCAAAUUAGUGUUGAAAGCAGAACCCGAUAAAGAAACAUUUACCUAUGAUAUAAAUGAAAUCGACAACUGGAUUGCUAACUUCUAUCAAUCACGUUCUCAAACUAUUUGA